AUGGUUCUCCAGCAGAAAGAGCUGUCUCGGAUGAAGGGUCGACUUUGUCUUGUUAGGUGCGCUGAGACACAGAAUGUAGCUGUUGGGCCAAAUUCAACCAUACUACUGAGAGGCUAUAUGGACAAGAGAUUGCCAUUUCGAGAUUCUUGUGCCGUUGUACAGGCGUGUAGCAAGUCAACGGUUUCAGAUCUUGAAAUUACACCAACCGUUGUGCAAUACAGGUACAGAGACAACCAGGAAAUAGAUAUUCAGCUGUCUAAUACAACAACCCGGACGGUAGUGAUAGCACCAAGAGCUGUAAUCUGUGAGCUGCAACCAGUCACUAUUGAAGACGAAGCUUUAGAAGAAUUUAGUCCUGAUGCAUCACAUCUUUCUAAAGUUACUUUGUCGACUGACAUUUCCAAAGAUGAAGUGGAACAAGGAAGACAACUAAUUUUAGAGUAUAAAGAUAUCUUUUCCAGGGGUGAUGACGACAUUGGAUUCUGUCCACAUGUUAAACACCGAAGUGAUUUGACAAAUGAGACUCCAUUCAAGAUUCCUCAUCGCCGAAUUCCACCUUCGAUGUUUGAAGAAGUGAAGCAACACUUGAAACAACUUCUGGCUUGUGGGAUAAUUAGAAGGUCUUUUAGUCCCUGGGCUUCACCUGUGGUCAUAGCCAGGAAACCUGAUGGUAGUCUACGCUAG